AUGAAAGAGGAGAAAUCAAUUGAAAAUACGGCCGUUAGCCUGAUAAGCUUCAAAGUUGGCAAUUUGGACAACAAUGCCAUCCCAGAGAACUUCAGUCGCGACGACAUCAUUGUGGAGGACAGGCGACACCUCAUCUUCGGGAUUGAUGCUCAAAUUUCUGUACUACGCCGUGCCUCCCGUUGGUAUGUGGAUGGUACAUUCAAGUGUAUGCGGCUCCCGUUUGUAAUGUUAUUGACAAUACACGUGUUCGUGAAGCGGGCCGAUUGCAGCAAACAGGUGCCGCUGUUGUUUGCGUUGAUGACCGGGCGCAAAGCACGUGACUACGUUGCAGUAUUCGAGUCCAUCAAGAACGCCAUCGUUGGGCAGUGCGCCGUAGAGGGCAUGGUUCUAGAUUACGAGAGGGGGUUGUGGAAAGCGGCGAAGGAUGUGUUCCCAGCCAUCGAGCUCCGUGGCUGCGCCUUUCAUUGGGGUCAGGCUAUUUGGAGGACCGUGCAGCGACUUGGACUUGCCACCCAGUAUAGUCAGGACCGGCGAACACAUGCUUUCAUCCGGAAGGUUCUUAGCCUUCCUUUCUUACCAAAAGAACACAUCCGGCCAACCUUUGAGUGUAUGAAGGACUACACAUCUUCUGAAGCAGUGCUCCCCUUGUUAGAAUACUUAGAACAGCAGUGGUUUUCUUCUCCGUGUUGGACAGUAGAGGAGUGGUGCGUCUUCGGACAAGCUGUCCGAACCAACAAUGAUGUAGAAGGGUGGCAUCGUCGACUGAACAUGAAGACGGGAGCGGCGCCACCCUUCUACGUCCUCCUCCAAGUCCUGCAUCUCGAGGCCAAGGAUGUGGAAGAGCAGAUUCAUCUGGUUUCAGAACUCAGUCUUCGGAGAAUUCAGCGAAAGUCAACUCGGUCGAUGCAGUCGAGGCUGUUUAGUGCGUGGGACGCCUACACUGCCGGCGAUAUAUCAACUUCAGGGCUCCUGAAGAAGGUCUCAGUUAUCUAUGGUCAUCGAGUCCUAAGAACAGAGAAGGUUGAGGAUGAGGACUAG